AGUUAUUUCACAAAGAGUAAGGGAACAUUCCGUAAUACCCAAACUACUUUCUUAACUCUUCUAAUCGCUUCCAUUACUUUCAUUUUCUUCUUUUUUCUACCCCCAAUACUUUCACUCUCCAGAACUCAGAAAGAUGAACCCUAGAACUGAUAAACUCGUUAGAAGAACAACAAUGGUGGCUACUGUAACUGCUUCUUAUUUCCUUCUUACUGCUGAUUAUGGCCCUGAACCCAAUGUUCUUGAUCCGAUUAAAAAUGCAAUACAGUCAGCAGAACAUUCUCUCAAAGAGUCGAUCUUUGGACCAAAGAAGGGUGUUCAAGAACACGAGGCUGAGAAACAGGCUCCUAGCUCUUUGGAGAAACAUCAAAAGUCCGGCAGCUAACUAGUUUUCCUCGUCCAAGCAUGUAAAGUGUAGGACUACAACUUAACCAACAUCUGGAACUCUAUCUACUUCCUUUUCUGAACGCUUUUUCUUCUAAAGGUGAAUGUGAAUAUUAGGAUUCGCCUCCUUUAAGCAUGUUAUCAAUGCUGUAAAUGUUAUCCAUACCGGAGCAUGUUUAUUUUGAUAUCCAGGGAUCUGUUAUCAGUUGAAUGAAUUAAAAUUUUCGUCUAUAUGCUGACAAGCUCAA